CGGCUGCUGGACGUGUUUGCUGUGAGCUGCGAGCGAGUUAAAUCGAAUCGAAUCGAAACAAAACGAAACGCCAAAAAAGGAGCUCAAGCCAGGAAUCGUUGCGACAGGCGGACGAGCGGACAGACAGACUGACAAUCAGGGGGCCACAUGAAAACACCAAAUAUAAUUAAUAUGCCACGGCUGUGUUAAUGCUGCGAAUAGUUCCCAAUUUCCAUAAGUGAUUGCCCCGUCGGUUGAGUGCGUGCAGAGAAAAGUAGGUUACGGCGGAAGGAAUUUUGAGGUCGGACGGUCGGUGGCUCGUGGAAAGCGUUCACGAAUUUUCCGUGUGCAUGUGUGUAGGCCGCUGGGUGCCGAGAAAAUGCAGUGCGAGUGCCACAAAGGCGACAAAGGCAAAGUGCAAAUGGCUUGAUGACAUAUAGCAAAUGAACGAACCAGCCCAUUUCCCAAUUUCUUCAAUUCAUACUCUCCAGCCAGCAAGGGAAAAGUGAUAUUUAUACAUCUGUGGUCUGAUUUUUGCACAGGCCACAGAAACAAGCCCACACACACACACAAACACACCACUAACAAAGACGGACGGACUGUCAGACGGACGGGCAGGGGUAACAAGCGGACGCACAAACACAAACGACAACUAUAUAGCAAUAUAUGCCCAUUGAGUGCCUUAUAUCAUUUGAUAAUAAUCCACAAGGUGUCUACUAUGCCGGACAGGAGCUAUCCGGCGUUGUUGAUCUCAGCGUCGACGCCACGAAGCGCAUUAAAGGCAUCCACGUCACCGUCAGCGGCUAUGCCAAGAUACGCUGGAUAAAAAAGGGAUAUCCGCGCGACAGCGAGCGCGCCAUGUGCCGUGCCUACCGAUCGUAUCUGUCCUCGCGGUCCUACGUCCUCGGAUCCUGCGCGAACAACUCGAGCAUCGACUGGCCGGCCGGCGAGUACUCGUACACCUUCCACGUGAUUCUGCCCGACAAUCUGCCCACGUCCUUCGACGGCAAGUAUGGCCAGAUCCACUACGAGAUCAUAACGACGAUCGAAAGGGCCGCUCGCCACCCGAAGGUCUUCAAGCUGCCAUUUACCGUGAUACAACCGCUGGACCUGAACGCCGAUGCUAUUUACAGGGUUCCUCUGGAGAUCCUCGAUCGGAAACGCUUCUGGAGCUUCUGCUGCCCCACAGGCCCGCUGACGGUGAAGUUCUCGACGCCGUACUGCGGAUAUGCGCCCGGCCAGAAGAUCCACUUCGUGCUGUACAUCAACAACGAGUCCUCGAUCGACAUAACCGAGUGCGAGGUCAAGCUGAAGCAGGAGGUGAGCUACGAGUCGCACGAUCCGCAGCAUGAGUACCGCUACGACAAGCACCUGAUUGCCCGGAAGCAGUUCGGAAACGUGCUGAGAUGGUCGAGGAAGGUGUACCGGGGGUAUCUUGACCUGCCCUCGAUACCGCCCACUUCGGUGAAGCCCACGUGCCCCAUUAGCGUUAACUAUUCGAUUAAGAUCAUCGUGAACCCCACGGAGUUUCACUGGAAACUUAAGCUGAAGAUUCCGCUGACCAUCGGCAGUAUUCCGAUCAUGGAUGGUCCGGAGGCCCUGCUGCGAUUCAAUCGCCAGCAGCAACAGCACCAAGUAGUUAGUCAAAAUUUACAAAUGUCGACGCAGCAGCGUCAAAGGGAUCGGGAUCGUGAUCGUGAUAUGAAUCUGGAUCGGGAAAGAGAUAGAGAUCGAGAUCGAGAUCGGGACCGGAUAAGUGCCUCAGUUCAGCAGCGACGUAUCAGCAGCAUCAACAACAACAACAACAAUCAUGGACGCCUUGUGGGCGGACUACUGCCGACCAAUAGCAAUAUGAAUAUGAUAGUGAAUGUCAGUCCCACGCCCACAAGCUCCACGCCCUCAUCAACGCCAACAACUGCCGCCCUCAGGCCAACGGCCAUGCCAGCGAUUUUGGUGACCAGUGAUAGCGAUAAUCCGCCGGACUAUAUACCCAUGAUGCCGCCCUCGUAUGAAGACGCCAUGGCUCUGAGUGAGAAGUUCAGCGAUGACACUGAGUUCUUGACCAACGUUAGCAUGAGCAGCAUUUUGUCCGCUCAGGCUGAUGUUUCCACAAGUGAGCCCUUUAAGCCGCGUUAUCCGGUCUAUUACGAUUAUGAGACACCGACCAUACCGCCCGAGACGCUCUACGAUGAGUCCAGUUCCCGGCUGCGUCUCACACUCAGCUGCCAGGACUCGGCGGCACCGGAAACGGAUGAGGAGGUGGUCCCGAACGCAAGAGGAGGUGAAUCCCUUUCCUGCAAAAAGAAAUGAGACGUCCUGGGACUAAGCGAUACGGAAUGAGCUGCAUCAAAUGUAAACCAAUAAGCCAAUAAGCGAUAACACUUACAUAUUUAAUCGAAAUCAAAAUACUAUAGAAUGGAAAAUGAAAUCCAAUGUGCUAACAUGUAGUAGAACUUAAGUCUGGGCGUAAUUUAAAUUGGAGAUGGCAAAUCGAUCAAUUUUUUAUAGAACCAAGGCAGAAUGGGAUAUAUUUUGGAGAAGAAAGCUAUCUAGGCCAAAAGAAUUUGAUUUAUUUAACUAUUUUAUCAACCCUUUCUUCUAUAGAUCCUAUAUUUACAUUUAAAUUUUCUCUCUUCUUAUUCUCGUUUUACCCGUUUUAACUAACCUUAUACAAUUAUUUUUUAAGUAUUGCUAAUUGUAACUUGAUACAAUGGUCGCUGGCUAAGUAUAUGUGAACAAUGUAGUAAGAAGUUAAAUGAAAUCAUUUAGCCCGUAAUUUUAACAAAAUCUGCACAAUUUUACCAAACGGAGAGGGGAAAUUAGGCGCGAAACUAACAUUUUCCAAUAUUCAAUAUUGUAUUUAUAAGUCUAUGAGAAAUUUACAAGCAAAGAUUAGCCAAAUUGUGUUUAGUUUUUUAUCAUUUAAAAUCAUCACAUCAUCAUAAUCUUUAGGUGUCUAAAAGAGAUAUUGUCCAACUAAUUAUAUAUACAAGUGUCUUUUGCUCUAGUUUCUAUACAAAUUAGAUUGUGUUGUCUCACUGUAUACUUUGUACUUCCUCUUAUUUAAGCGCCAGUCUAACCAACAAUCAUAUAAGUCUAUUUCUAAGUCUUAACUGUCUUCAAUUCGAUUUAAUCCGAUUCAAUAAAGCAAAACUAAAUAUA